UUGUACGGCUGUGCCUGUGAGAGAGGCAUCUGAGCGAGAGAGAGAGGGCAUCCACAUUUCAUGUGCAGAAGAUGAAUGCAGGCAUACAACUGCAGGCUACAUAGUACAAGUGGCAAGUGUACCCGCGCACACAGAUGACACCCUUAAAUACAGGCAAACCAGUGAUUUCAGCGGACCAUUGCAACAUUAUAUGAGUCUCGUUCGGGAUGGGACUCUCAGGGAGGACCAGCAGCAAAAAGCAGUGCUUGAACGGCUUGAUCAAAUGCACAGCGUGCUGAAAACGUACAGCAACAGCCCUACGUCAUUUCUGUCAAAGUUUUUCUCAAAGCCCAAACCCCCAAAAGGCUUCUACAUCUACGGUGAUGUUGGUACUGGGAAAACUAUGGUUAUGGACAUGUUCUUCUUGCAUGCAGAGAGUGAAAAGAAACAGCGGGUUCAUUUUCAUGGGUUCAUGCUGGAUGUACACAAAAGGAUACAUCGACUAAAGCAAAGCUUGCCGAAGAGGAAGGCAGGCAAAAUGGCCAAAUCCUACGACCCAAUCGCACCCAUUGCCAUGGAAAUCAGUGAAGAAACCAGCCUCUUGUGCUUUGAUGAGUUUCAGGUGACAGACAUUGCAGAUGCCAUGAUUUUGAAACAACUUUUUGAGAACCUGUUCAUGAACGGGGUGGUUGUGGUGGCCACAUCUAACCGUCCUCCAGAAGACCUGUAUAAAAAUGGCCUACAGAGGGUUAAUUUUGUGCCUUUCAUCGCUGUGUUGAAGGAACAUUGCCACACGCUGCGCUUGGACUCCGGGAUUGACUACCGGAAAAGCAAUCAGCCAGCUGCUGGAAAAUUAUUCUACCUUGCCAGCGAAGCUGACGUGGAGGCAAUGGUGGACAGGCUGUUUGACGAGCUGGCACAGAAGCAGAACGACAUUACUCGACCGCGAACGCUGAACAUCCAGGGCAGGAAGUUGAGGCUGGGCAAAGCCUGCGGGACCAUUGCAGACUGCACCUUUGAGGAGCUCUGCGACAGGCCGUUGGGUGCUAUUGACUAUCUGGAGAUAUCCAGGUUGUUUGACACAGUCUUCAUACGCCACAUUCCCCUCCUGACGUUGCACAAGAAGACCCAAGCUAGACGCUUCAUAACCCUCAUCGACACCCUCUACGAGCAUAAGGUGCGGGUGGUGAUUCUGGCAGAGACGCCCCUGGAGAGCAUAUUUGUUCACGACCAGCACAAUCAUGACGACGAGCAUCACAGGAUUCUCAUGGAUGAUCUGGGAUUGACUAGGGAUGCCGCCAAAGACCUGGCCAUCUUCAGCGGGGAAGAGGAGGUCUUUGCUUUCCAGAGGACCGUGUCACGUCUCACGGAGAUGCAGACGGAGAAAUACUGGAGCGAAGGAGAGAGGAAGACCACGUAGCGAAUGGCUUAAAUCUCAACAAGUGUCUUCAAGUAAAACGAUUCAGUGGGACAAAGCGUUCAGUCUGCGCGCAAUAUACACAAACUGGUCCAUAAUCGGACCUUUACUUGACAUGAAUUUUACUUGACCGCUGCACUUUGACCUAUAUGCACACAUGUACGGAUGAUUGUAUUACAUUUUAAAAGCUGCCGUUGAUCAGUUUUUGACCAUAUUGUAUAUGGGGACGAUACCUGAUAUGUAUUUGAUUAUGUUAAAUGAUUAUUAACUUUUCAUGGUGGCUGGGAAGAGGUUUGUUGUUCUCCUUAAGGAGGGGAACAUUUGCAAUGAUUUGAAAUGUUAUUGGAAGGACGGUAUGGAGGAUAUAUUUAGGUAGCUAUUGACUCUCACCUCCAGCUUUGGAGGUUUAGUAUACUUGUCCCCUGAUCUGAGCAUAUGGACGUGCAUGUUCUCCCAGUGUUGCAUGGCUUUUCGUGGGAUUUCAUCCUGCAGUCCAAUGUUGUGACUGAUAGUUUUGUAGUGCAGUAUAUAGUGAAUGAAAUUUAUAGGUGGGAAUUCUAACAGCACUACAUAAUGGCCAAUUCACUAUAUAGGGGACUAUAUGGUGGGUGAGUGGGAAUUUCGAACACAGCCUAAACUGUGGCCAUACUGUGUGUGUGUGUGUGUGUGUGUGAGUGGGUAUACCUAUCCUUAUGGGGACACAAUGUCCCCAUAACGUGAUAAAUAUUUUUUUCCCUUAUGGGGACCAGGGAAACUAUUCUCUGCUAUGAAAAAACUAAAAAUGCAAAAACUCUUGUAUUUUGCUUGGUUACUUAUGGUUAUGCCCUGUCUCGUGCCCAUUGCUUCCGGGAUAGGCUCCGGACCCCCCGUGACCCAGUAGGAUAAGCGGUUUGGAAAAUGGAUGGAUGGAUACUUAUGGUUAUGGUCAGGGCUGAGUGGGGGUUAAGGUUGUCAUAGUUAGCGUUAGCAUUUUUCCCAUAGAAGUGAAUGAGCGGUCCCCAUAAGGAGAGGUAUACCCUACAUACAGUGUGUGCGUCUGCGUCUGUGUGUGUGCGUAUGCCCUUGCAGCGAACUGUCAUGCUGGCCAAAGUGAUCUCCUGCAUUUUGCCCUGUGUUGUCCAGGACCGACUUCAGCCUCUCUACAGUCCUGCAUUGAGCAAGCGGUUAGAAGUUUGGUGGAUGUUAUUGUUGGUCUUACUAUUUAUUUAUUUAUCAUUAUUUUUUUUAAUUCCCAGCUCCCUGUUUGCUCUUAUCUGCCCAGAUGCCUCCAGCAUAGACUGUAGGUCCCCCUGAUGGAUGUCCAGGCUGAUGCAAUCUUUACACACUGCUUUACACGUUCCAUGCAGGUGAACGGGUUGGUAAUUUCUGUAAAAUGGGAGCCUGUUGACACUGUACUGGUGCUAAUACAGAAGGCAGUGCUUCUUCCCUGUACUGCAGAAAGGUGCUAAUUGGUUCCGCCAUAGAGAAAUCUCAAGUAUCACUGAGCUCACUUGGUGUUCUGCAGUCGCGGAACUGCAGAUUAAUCGCAAAGCAGUCAUUCUUGCAACGGGUUAAUAUGGUAGUUAAACCUUAUCAAAUAAGUCCCCAGGAGACACUGCACUUAUUCAGAAAAGCAGAUGCAUUAUAAACUCUGUUUAGGUUUAUUUAGAAAGCACCCGUUCUCAUCGCAACUAAAUGCCUACCAACAAUGAAGUAAAAAACUACUGGUCCUGUAUUGAUUAAAUACUCCACCAUGUGUCAUAUUAUUUUAUGUAUUGUGUAUUUUGAUUAUCACGUUUUACUCUGAUGUGUCAUAAGAUUUUCCAGAGGUUUUUAUAUAUUUGAAUCUGGUUAUUUCCAAAAUGCAGCUGAAAUACAGCGGCUUUUAUAAUUUGGCUCAUGCAUUAAAAUCAGUUUUAAGAAUC